ACUUCCGUUGCCUCGGAGGCAGGCGUCGCUAAAGGACGUUACCACUUCCGGGUCGCCGAGGCCGCCGGCGGCGGCGCCGGCUCCGUGUUUGCUGGUGUCCGGUCUAUGGAGUCAGCUGGUGCCGGGGGCGGCGAGGAGGCGAGAGGCGGUUUUCGAGUAGGGGCCUCUGCCCCGCCAGCAUGUUACCGGGCUUGGCCGCCGCCGCUGCGGCCCACAGAUGUAGCUGGUCCUCCCUGCGCCGGCUCCGUCUGCGUUGCAGGGCGGCGGCCCGCGGCUCCAGCGACCGCCAGGAAUGGCAGAAUUUAGUGACAUUUGGAAGCUUUUCGAACAUGGCUCCUCAUGGUUACCCAUACAUUUGUACACUGAGUCAAGUGAAGUUGUACUCUACAAAUGUUCAGAAAGAAGGGCAGGGCUCACAAACUCUCAGAGUGGAAAAAGUACCGUCAUUUGAAACAGCAGAGAAUAUAGGUGCCGAACUCAAAGCUCCACUUAAGCAAGACCCCCUCCAAGUAAGAGUUAAAGCAGUCCUUAAGAAAAGGGAGUAUGGAUCAAAGUACACUCAGAAUAAUUUCAUCACUGGAGUCAGAGCAAUAAAUGAGUUCUGCCUUAAAUCCAGUGAUCUAGAACAACUUCGAAAGAUCAGACGACGAAGUCCCCAUGAAGACACUGAGUCCUUUACCGUGUACUUGAGAUCAGAUGUAGAGGCAAAAUCUUUGGAAGUUUGGGGAAGUCCUGAAGCUCUUGCCAGAGAGAAAAAAUUGCGUAAGGAAGCAGAAAUAGAAUACAGAGAGCGGCUAUUUAGAAACCAGAAAAUAUUAAGAGAAUAUAGAGAUUUCUUGGGAAACACUAAGCCACGCUCCAGACCAGCUUCAGUGUUCUUUAAGGGACCAGGAAAAGUGGUGAUGGUUGCCAUUUGCAUCAAUGGAUUAAAUUGCUUCUUUAAAUUUCUUGCCUGGAUUUAUACGGGUUCGGCAAGUAUGUUCUCAGAAGCUAUACACUCAUUAUCUGAUACUUGUAAUCAGGGUUUACUAGCUUUGGGCAUCAGUAAGUCUGUUCAAACACCAGAUCCUUCUCAUCCGUAUGGAUUUUCAAAUAUGCGCUAUAUUUCUUCUCUAAUUAGUGGUGUUGGUAUUUUCAUGAUGGGUGCAGGACUAUCUUGGUACCAUGGAGUCAUGGGAUUGCUUCAUCCUCAGCCAAUGGAAUCUCUUCUAUGGGCAUAUUGUAUUUUAGCAGGAUCAUUAGUGUCUGAAGGAGCAACACUUCUUGUUGCCGUAAAUGAACUUCGUAGGAGUGCUCGGGCCAAAGGAAUAUCAUUUUACAAGUAUGUGAUGGAAAGUCGUGAUCCUAGUACAAAUGUUAUAUUAUUGGAAGAUACAGCAGCAGUCUUGGGAGUGAUAAUAGCAGCCACUUGCAUGGGCCUUACUUCUAUAACAGGCAAUCCAUUGUAUGACAGCCUAGGUUCUUUGGGUGUGGGCACCUUAUUGGGUGUGGUCUCAGCGUUCCUCAUCUACACUAAUACAGAAGCACUCUUAGGGCGGUCCAUCCAGCCAGAGCAAGUACAGCGACUGACUGAACUCCUGGAGAACGACCCAUCAGUAAGGGCAAUUCAUGAUGUUAAAGCCACAGAUCUGGGAUUGGGUAAAGUAAGAUUUAAGGCAGAAGUUGAUUUUGAUGGACGAGUUGUUACAAGAUCAUAUUUGGAAAAACAAGAUUUUGACCAAAUGCUACAAGAAAUUCAAGAAGUAAAAACCCCUGAAGAACUUGAGACCUUCAUGCUUAAACACGGAGAAAACAUUAUUGACACAUUAGGAGCGGAAGUAGACAGACUUGAGAAGGAACUGAAAAAACGCAAUCCUGAAGUUCGCCAUGUAGAUUUGGAGAUACUGUAAGUUUGAUGGAAUGAAUUGCUGUGGUGCGACCUCAGAAACAAGUUCACUAAGCCACUCUGCAAAGCCUGUGUCCUCCUCUCCCGCACUGAAGGAAUCCGUGCCAUUCAGAAGCUAUUUUUUUUAAGAUGGAGGAAAUACUUUACUUAAAGAGCAGUUCAGCAGGUCAACAACUCAGACUGCUUCUUACGUCUAAGAGACACAUUACAAGUUGGAUCCUUCUGAAAAUCACGUUUUUAUGCUUCCAUGGGGAACAGUCUGGUGAUCUAAAUUGUUCGUGAUUUCUCAUUUUCAGCCUGUCAGUAUGUAUUGUACCUUGCAAUCAUGUUUCCCUGCUUCACAUUGGUAAAAACAAGUGGCAUUCAUAAGAUUAUGAUUUUUAAUUUUGUUGCCACUGAAGACUUCACUCCAUCAAAAUCUGCCAAUCUUGAAUAUUCUGGCUAAAUCUUGGUAUGUGGUUUUUAAGCAGUCACUCCAUUUCAGGGUCUGUCUUUCCUUAUAGAAUGUGGAAAUUCUGUAUACCUUUUGAUUCUGACCUGAGUGCUAAGGGGAGCACUCUCCUAACGUAGUUAUCCACAAAUGUUCAUUCCAGAAAUACUUAGUUCCUAAAUUGAAUCAAGACAUUUCAGUACACUUUUUUAGGUCAUAGUAGUCGUCAUUUUCUAAAAUUUCUUUUUUCUCUUUUUUUUUUUCUUUGGUUUAAUGUUUCUAAUGUUAGGAGAUAUAAUACUAGAGUUUUCCAUGGGCCAGUGUGAUACUUUUUUUUUUAAACUAGCUUCAAUGCCAUACUGUUUAUUUACUGGGUGAUAAUACAUUUAUAAGCAUUUUAACAUUCUGUAAAAUGGACUAGAAAUAUUUAUAAUUUUACAGCAUUUUAUUUUAAUUUAUUUAAAAGGAGGCACUACUUAUGUAAAUCUGGUAUAUUUCUUGCUUUGAGAGAAAGUGAAUCUCUUACACUGAAACUUGUGGUCACAAUUCUGUAUAAUAUAGUCUGUAGUGUGUCUGUGAGUUUCUUGCAGUUACAAAUGGGCAUUUAGUAUAACAUAUUGUGUAAGUAAAAAGCUUUCUAACAAUCCUAAGUCAGAUCAAGGCGAAAACCAUACAAUUCAGUAGUUGAAAAUUGAGUGAAAAACUACAACUGUUUCCGUCACAGCAACUCAUCUGCAUUUUAAGACUUUCGGGCAUCACCUGUGUGAGUGGUGCCGAAGUCUCUGCUGGGUGAGUGCAGGUUCAGUGUCACCCCCUGUGGGGUCAGUCUCUUAAAACUUAUGAAACGGAAACUUAUGGAUUAGAGCAAAGUAUCAUGCUGGAAACGAAAAAUAAAUCUGUGAUUAAAGGGUUUGUAAUGCUCA